GCCACACGGCACCUCAAGUAUGAGAAGUAGGGCAUCCAUGGCAUAACUGUCACAUUCGUAUCUUGCAAGGAAGCUGCUGUUGCUCAAGCAGCAUGUGUAUGUGUGUUGACAUGCUGGAUUGUUUCCAAGUGAUGAUGAGCCCACAGGAAGAGUAAAUAAUGAGGUCUCAGGAGCUGAUCGAUAUGUAGCCUUGUGUUGUCAGGUUGCAAUUAGUAACUGCAAGCAGGGUUCUGUAGUAUCCUAUCACUCCAGUCGAGGCCAUCACAAUUGGUCCCCAUGUCAGUUGGUUUGUUAUACACAAUAUUUAGCCUGCUGCAGUCAUGUUAAUCUUCUUCUUCGUCUCUGAACAGGACUUAGCUCCACUGCUGCUCCGUUCUCUUUUCAAAAUCACCAUGCCGACCCAACUGGAGAGAGCCAUGGAUGCAUUGAUCAAUGUCUUUCACAACUACUCCGGUAAUGAGGGUGACAAGUACAAACUCAACAAGGGCGAACUCAAGCAGCUGCUUAACAGUGAGCUCACCGACUUUCUGACGUCGCAAAAGGAUCCGAUGCUUGUGGACAAAAUCAUGAAUGACCUGGACUCAAACAAAGACAAUGAAGUAGAUUUCAAUGAGUUUGUGGUGCUGGUAGCUGCUCUGACAGUGGCUUGCAAUGACUUCUUUGAGGAACAACAGAAGAAGAAGGGAAAAUAAGAUCCUGAGUGCAAGGGGUUCUCAGAAUUGUAGCAGGAUGUCUUUUGUGUAAAACUUUCACACUUUCUUAAAAUGUCUUGUAAAGUGUCAAAAUUAGAUAGCAGUUGUAACUUUGGUUUUUUAACUUCCAGUUUUAAAGGCAAUGUGAACAGUCUGGAAACUCUUCCAAAAAUAAAACAAUGUGACAAAUAGCUGAGGUAACACAACAGGAAACCCACAAACUUUAUCACUCAUUCUCUGUAACUGUAAUCACUCACAGCUCUAUGGUCUUUAGUCUUCAAGUAAAGGUUUUACAGUGUUUCUUCUCCUUACCACCAUCAGCUGCUGAAGAAUGUUUCACAGUGAAAUUCACCACAGGACCCAUUCCGGUCACAAGAACAUUUAAUCCUUCAAACAAGUAACCACAUUCUAGCUAUGAGAUUGAAUGUGAACACCAAACUAUUUUGCUUUCUGGUGUUCUUUUGUUAUAAAAAGUUACGGAGCAGCCCUAAAGUUCUAUUUAAAUAAAAUUACUAUAUAUUGGAAUGUUAAACAACUGAAAUGCCAGAUUUUAUUAUUUAUGUGGAAUGCAAUUGUAAUAUAUCUUUACAGUAUAUGUAUGGUAUAUGUAUGAAGCCCAGGAAUGUUCACUUUUAAUGGGUAAUUAUUGCUCCUAAGUCUGAGAUAUUUCCAAUAAUAAGGUUUCAACUGUAAGCUAUGGAUGAAAUCCUGAUUGCAAUGUAAGCAAAUUCCUAAUUAUUUUUACUGUAAAUCUAAUUUAAUACAUGUGUUUAAUUACUCCUUGGAAUCUUUGUGUUCCCAUCUUUUCAUCACCAAUAAAGUGCUUGAUACAGAG